AUGUUCACAUCGCACGUGAUUGUCGAGCACGUCCACUGGCUUUUUGGCCGGUGUUUUACAUGCGAGACGUGGACGCUGACGGACGCCGUCCUGACCGUUGUCACAGAGACCCACGAGUCCAUGCAGUGCCACGUUGUAUGUGGCCAAGCGUGGGCUGCCAUCCAAUACGGCAUCCAAGUCCAAACCGACGACGGCAAGUGGUUGCACGCGUCCGCCGGCUCCAAAGUGCAAUGGGCCAUGUGGCUCGAUGCAUUUCAAGACUUGGCGCCGCCCCCGAAACCCCACUCCCCCGUCAAAGUCCAGUUCAACGACGACGUGGCCGUGCUGGAAAUCCCUGUGCUCUCGGACGAAGAAAAGGCGCUCCUGUUUGCCCCCGACCCAGUGUUUGGGACCGCCCCUGCGGGUGCUGCGGCGGUGCCGUCCUCAACGGAAGUUGAAGUGCCACGAAGCUCCAACUUCAUUCUGCCGACGUGGCCAUGA